CCACUCUUCUCCGGGUUCGGGCGUCCGGGUGCCUGCGUGGAUCCCGGAGGAGCAAGGGCUGCGCAGGUGACUCCGCGAGCUCUAAGUGUACAAAACUCAAAACAUGAACAACGAUAUAUAUUACCAAUGUUCAAAGCUGAUUUGGCUAGAAUUGGAAUACAGUUGCCUACAGCAUAUUCUAGAGGAAUUAAAAAAGUCAAAGUAAUGGAUAACAGAAAAGAGCCUCCAUUCUUCAAUGAAGAUAAUGUGGGACCAUUUUACUACAAACUUCCUUUCUAUGAUACCAUGGAGCUCUUCAUUGAAACAUUAACUGGAACAUGUUUUGAGCUGAGAGUUUCUCCCUUUGAAGCUGUUAUUUCUGUGAAAGCAAAAAUUCAAGGAUUGGAAGGUAUUCCCAUCUGUCAGCAGCACUUAAUUUGGAAUAACAUGGAACUUGAAGAUGAUUAUUGCUUGAAUGAUUACAACAUUUCAGAAGGUUGUACCUUGAAGCUGGUAUUGGCUAUGCGUGGUGGACCUAUAAAUACUAGACGAGUUCCUAUGGAAGAUCCACUUAGGGAGAUGGCUGAGUACCUGGAUUCCAGUCGAGAUGAGGUCUGGGAGAAGACCUCCUACAACAAACAAAUAACAUUUUUGGUAUAUCGAGAAGGAGAUCAAUUGAAUUUCUUUUGUGUAAUAGAUAGGGGAGAUGGCACUUUAACACCAUUAUCUGAAUCUUUAAGUGGUGGUUCUGUGUAUAAUUUAUGUACGGAUGAGGAUGAAGAAAUUGAGCCUUCUUCUGGACAACAGAUGAUUGAAAAUUCAAUAACUAUGAAUAAGAUGAAGCUACUGAAGGCUAAGAUGGGGAGCAUGAAUCUCAGCAAAAAGCCUAAGAAAGCUGUCAAAGUAAAACCUCGCCCACCUAUUGCUCCUCGACCAUCUAGUGGUUCCACAGCAACAGCUCGUCACAGAUUGUUAAGGGUCCUCCCCGGCAUUGGGCAAUCUUGUUUACCUUCUCCUGGGAAUACGGAUCUGUCUGACACAUCCAGGAGUGCAGUUUCAGCGUUGGCAACUCAGCCCCCUGCCGACAGACCCGUAUCAUCUAUCACUAGUGAGUUUCUUAAAGAAGAUGGUAACUGGGAGAAUAACACACUGUCUCAUUCCAAUGGUAGCAUCAAACUACCACCGCACACACCCCAUGUGGAAUUUGAAAAAGACGAAGAGCUUGCUGAUUCUGUUCUCCAUCUUGGAUCAUCCCUGACUAGGCAGACAAAACACUUUUCAGGAAACUUGACAUCUAAUAAUGAGGAUGACACUGUCUCAUUUCCAACUUUAGAAGAGUGUGUAACUGAAGAAUCACUUCUACCUGAAGUGGGUUCAUGUACUUCAUUUACAGAAAGAAAUGCUGAAGAACAGAGCAGUGACAUAGGGAAGGUAAAUUCAGAGUUCUUACUCACCAAUGGUGAUAAAGGGUUGAAAGCUACAGAGCAGCAGCUUAAACAUGUUUCAAGAAUGUUGAGCAGUGAAUCAGUAGAGACUACUGUUCUUAACCACCGUGAAUUAAGUCCUCACAAGAAUAGACUCUUGUCACCUCUUCGCUGUUCUGCAUCAAUGUCACUGCAUAAUUCUCUAAUGAAACCACAAAGACAGUCCAAAUGUUUUGAGUCUGGGAACCUGCAGUCUUCUGCUUCACAAAAUGUGCUCCGGUCAAUGGAUGUUCGAAACAUAACUGAUUCUUCUUUCUCUAGGACUACUCGCUUUCGAGGUGUUAAAGUUGAUUCACCUAGGAAAAGAUCUGAUAUUAUUUCCAAAGUCGAGGCUCGAGAUAUCACAGAAAUAGCUAACAAGGCUUCCAAAGAGCCUGUUGGUUGUGUAAAUAACAUCGGUUUUCUUGCUUCACUGGCCCGGAGUGCAACCAGAGACAGUUUUCACAGCACACGCGGGGCGGGCAGGCUUCGGACUUCUGGAAUAGGGCUGUCUACAAACCUCCAGCAUUUGCAGGAAGAAAGCCUUAGGAAAAGUUCUCCCCAAUUAGAACCUACAGAAUUUUUUCUAUCUGCCCAUGGUAUUGGAAUGAAUGGAAAUAAUGCAGCAGCAGGGAAGAGAGUAGGAGAAUGUAUUCAUCACCUCCCACCUGUGAAAACCCCUAUUCAAACAAAGAAGAAAACAAAAAAGCAUUGUUUUCUUUGUGGAAAGAAAACAGGACUGGCUACUAGCUACGAAUGCAGAUGUGGAAAGAGCUUCUGUGCAUCUCAUCGCUAUGCGGAAACUCACGGCUGCACCUAUGAUUACAAGAGUGCAGGGAGGAGAUAUUUGCAGGAGGCAAAUCCUGUGGUUAAUGCACCAAAACUUCCAAAAAUCUAACUCUUCUUCUGCAUCUUACUGUUCUGCCUGAGGAAUCGUAUUAUAAGGAAAGAAGAAAUAUUUGUUUAGACUGCAUUAUUUUUGUUCGACUCCAAAAGAUUUGCCAAAUAACAAAAGCAUAUAAUGCAUACUGUUGGAGAAUGAAAAUGUUACUGUUUUUGACAUCUUUAUUCUUUGGUGAAUCAAACAUUUUAAAAGUAAUUUUAAAAACUUUACACUAUAUGAUUUAGUUUUGUUAUCGCAUGUCUUGUGUUAAGUGUUUUGUGUUUGAUAUUGCAGUUUCACUAGACAAGUCUUCAAAAGAUGCACUUUAGGAAGUUAAUAUUGACUGUGUUAACCAGGCUUCCACGUUGUAUGGAAAUUAGCGGUCAUCUGAUGGCUCUACUCAAAUUGACCAUGUUUUUUUUCCCUUCCUUUCUUUCUCUCUUUCUCUCUCUCUCUCUCUUUCUCUCAGGCUCUCUCUCUCUUUUUCUUUCUUUUUUUUGCAGAGGUGAAAUGGGUGGGGAUUUUUAAAAAAUAUCCCAUGUGCCCAUGUGUGAAAGUUUACUGGGUUUACUAGCAAGUUCUUUUUUAUUUCAAGCUACUUUUUAUAAAAACAUUUGGUUUUCCCAUGUGGUUUUUAACACAUCUAUAUUUCUUCCACAUUCAUA